ACUAGCUAAGUAAGCGAUACGCAGAAACGAUGUCGUUUGUAAGCUCUUCUAAAACCCUACAAUUUCCCCCCUCCUUGCCCUACCUUCUUCUUCACAGAAAAAUUUUAGGGUUUUUGAAUAAGCAUUUUUUUUUUCAAUUGCCAUCAGAAUUAAUCCCUAAUUUUUUAAAAAAAAUUGGCAAUGGAUUUGUCUCAAAACCCUAAUCUUUUAAUUGGAAAAAACUAUGACACCACACUAGCCCAAUCAGUUUCUCAAGUUUCAUCUGAAAUACUCAACAAAACUUUAAAUUUACCUCAUUUUCUCAACUUAUUUUACCAAUUAAUGCAAUCAAGAAUCGACCCACCUUUAGAAACCAUCUGGGUUUACUCUGCUUUAUCUUUUAAAACCAAAAAAACUAAUCUUUCAGAUCAAAUUUUGAAUGCAAAUGAAUUGUUUCAGCUUAUAUCAGCAUGUUCAGGUCCCUGUAGUUCUUCAAAAGGUAUAGCUUUACUAGCUCCAGUUGUUUUCCAGGUGUAUAAUUUGGUCUUGGAGUUGUUAACUAAAGAUUCAGGAGAUAAGAAAGUGAAGAAAGAAAUUAAAAAGGUAAAAUGUUUGAUUGGGGAAAUUCUUGGUUAUAUUAGUGUGUGUUGUAGCAAGGAUAUGAGUGAAAGUGAUUUGGAUUUCAGUGCUUCGUUUUCGAAUUUGGUUAGUGUAUGGAUGGAUGGAAAUGAGGAUGUGAAGGUGUUUUUACCACUUGUGAGUGAUGAAAUGUGUGAAGAGAUUAGUGUUGGAGGUUUGAAUGUGAGUUAUUUAGCUGGAGUUGUGAUUUGUGAGAUUUUCCUGUUGAGACUUUGCUUGGAUUUUUGGGUGGGGAUUCGAGGAGUGGAGUUUGAGAAGGAGGUGAAGACUUGGAUUGUUGGCUCCUUAACUGGAUUUCAGAACUUGUACUUCUUUGAGACCCUUGUGAGGAUGUUGAUGGAGCCAACCUUACCUGUGACUGCUUUAUUGAGUUCUGAAGAUGAAAGUUUGAUGAGGAAAAUUGUGUGUGAUGCUGUUAUAUUGGUAGAAUAUUCUUUCCUCAGACUUGAGAGAGCUAUUAACCUACCAGAGCACUUUGUGAGAAGACUUGCAGUGAAGAGACUGAUCAUUACGCAUGAAGCCAUAGAACUUUCUAGGAAAAAUGGAGACCAUAAGAGAGCUCUUUCAUAUAAUAAUUCAUUCUCCACUUCUCGGUUGCGUUCCCUAAUCAUAAAGUCUGUCACCAGCCGGAUUGGGGUGGAGGAAGAGGGUAAUCGAUUGAAGGAAGGAUCUCCUAAAGCUCUUAUAAAAUGGUUACUAGACCAAGAAUGUGAAGGCCUAAGAAUAUUUGACGAUAGAAUCUCCAGACUCCAUGCGAAAUUAGCUGUUGAUGAUUUCAAGUCUGACUCUGAGCAACGGUUAUCUGAGCCAGAAGGCAAAAAACCAGAUGCUGAUCUUCUGUUUUAUGUUGAUAACGAAGGAGAAGGUAAAGAAGAAGAAGAAGACGACGAUGAUGGGGAUGAUGAGGAGACAAAUGAGUCCAUGAGCGCUGCCUUUGUAGCUGCUGCAGCAACUAUGAGAUUGGCUGAAAAAGGAGGGAGAAAACGGAAAGAAAUAAGCGCUGGAAAGAAUAAAAAGAUUAAGGUCCGCCGGCAUGAUUCUGAUUCAGAUGGAGAAAAUUCCUCAUCACUUGAUGGUUCAAGUAGCGAGAGUGAAGUUGAAAAUCCAAGCUCUGAUGGAGAUGCUUGACUGAUGUGGAGGCGGGUUUCCUCAUCUGAAGGCUUAAAGCAAUGUUCACGCGUAAGCAUAAACUCAAACAGUUUUGUGGUUAAUCAAAUUCUUGCGGAGUAGCUGCUAGAGCCCAGAGGCAAAUUGAAAACAAGACCAGCCACUGUUAUAAUUAGCUUCCAGACUGCAUAUAUUAUGUAAUAUUUGAUUGCUCAUUCAUACUGAGGAUAUGUGAAGAUUAAUUCGAGAAAUAUUUGCUUUCUACUUCAGAUGAGCAAUGUUGCUAUAAUCAUCAGAAUUAGCUGGAUUAUAAUUUUCUUAA